GUUGUAAUUAUUAAGCAGCCGGCCUUGUUGGUCGGCUCCCGUCGUCCGUGUUACCUGGAGACAGACCGCUUGCUCGGCGACUCGCAGACCGCAGCAGCGAGUCGAACGCGGACGCAGGGGUUCUAGAACUUCAGAAGAAGCCUGCGGAGAGGCGCAUAGGCACCUAGUGUACUCCACUCGGGGCGCUACACCCAGGAGACACCUUGGAGGGCUCCCUUCUAGCAACACCUCUGACGCGCAGGCAAGAUGCGGAGGUGGAGAUUUUUUUGUGAAGUUGAUGGCUACCGGCGAAUAACAAAAGGAUUGAGAGAAAACUGCUCACUUCUCAAACUCGCCAGAAGAAAGCCCUGAAAAAAGUAGCAAUCCAUCAUCAGGCGAGGAGAAAAGAUGGCCACCCUGAGUGCGAAGCCCGGCCAGCGGCUCAGCGUGUCCGACUGGCAGAGUGGGAGCCAGCUGCUCUCCAGCACAGCUGAACACCUCCGACUCCAGUCACAGCAGAUCCGCCAGGAGGGACGAGCACUGCGCAAUGAGACCACUGUUCAGACACGCUGGGACGAGCAGGACAGCCAGCGACGCCUGACAGAGAGGGUUCAGGAUGUGUCACGCCUGAAGGAGGCGCUGGAGCUCUGUCUUCAGGAUGCAGACACAGAGAUAGAGGCACUUUCUGCAGUGAAAGGUGACACUGAGAGCUUGCUGGCUGCGAUGACCCUUCCUCUUGAUGCUGCAGUGGAGUGCCUGACCCUGAGAGAGGGUCGCCGUGGUGAUGACCUGGUGAGGGAUGCGGUGGAGGUGGAGCUGAAGAAGGAGGUGGAGGUGAUUGGUGGAGUCCAGCGUGCCCUGCAGCAGCGUGUCAGUCAAGCCUUUGAGCAAAUCUGUUUACUGCAGGAAGCACGGCAGCAGCUGGUCUUUGACUUACAGAACAAAUCCGAGGCCCUGGGGGUGGACCAGACCUGCCUGUCACUCACUGUGACAUCACCACUCAUCUCUCUGAAGCCUAACCCCUCACGUGUUCCCAAUGGUUCCACAUCGCCCCAGCAGUGGGAGCAGUUCAGCCAAUACAAUCGGAGUCGCGCCCAGGAGGAGAUGAAGACCUCUCUGCAGCUGCGGGAGGCUAUGCGGGUCACAAUUUCUCAGACUCAGAAUGAGCUGGAAGCCCAGCGUGUCGCCACGGAUUUUGCCCUCCGGAAACGCAGCCAUGAGCUGGAACGAGCCAGAGAGGAGCUGCUUUGGCAGCAGAGGCUUACCCAGAAGGAGGCUCAGGAGCUGGAACAGGACAUCCGUGGGCUGGAGAGAGAUCUCAAAGCCAAAACUGCACCCCUGAAACUGGCCCACACCCGACUGGAAACCAGAACCACGCGUCCUGGAGUGGACCUGUGCCGGGACCAAGUAUAUCUUUCUUCCUAUAGCUGGAUAUUGCUACAGCGUGCCACUGGUGGUAGACAGGUCCAGUAUGGGCUGGUGGAUGAGGUCACACAGCUGGAAGCCACCAUUACGGCCUUGAAGCAGAAACUGGCCCAGUCUCAACACUCCCUCCAAACACUACAAGAGCAGCUCUCCCAGAUUGAGAAAGAUCUGUCCUACAAGACUGAGGCUCUUGCUCUGGAUAGACGCUGCUUGGAGACACGCCAGAAGCUGAUUCCAAACGCUGAGACCCAUUACAGAGAGAGGACCUCCGCCACAGCUUCCCAGCUGCUGCCCCAGGCCAGGAGCCACGUGCCGCAACUUGUCUGAGAGGGUCUUCGGUACCACCUGCACUAACUUAGUCUACAAGUAAUAAAAACAAUGAAACAGAAUGUGAUUCAGUAAUCUAGUAUGAUAUUAAAACCACUGACAGUUUUUGACAUUGGAAACUUUUCUGCUUUCAUGCUUUUCCUUGGUCAUACAAACAAUUUGUUGAUCCAACAUUUUUGUUUAAUUAUUUUCUCAUAUUACUUGAACUAACGCAAGGCAGGCAGUGGUGAGCAUUUGUAUCAUACAGUGCUGGGCUCCUGGUUAUGUUUUUGUGUUUGUAUGAUCUCUCAGUUUUCACGUGAACUUCCUCCAGGUGGGUUAAUGAGCUUCUGGGUAAACUGGUUCCCAAGUGA